AUGACUGAUGGCGAGGGGAGAGCGCGCUUUCAGUACGCAGAGUGCCCGGAGGCCCAGGUGCAGGAGGAGGUGCGGGAGGAGGAGGAGGGGGGGGGGAGGAGGAGGAGGAGAAGCGCUACUGGUCGGGGCGAUGGAGCAGAAUGGAGUCCCGAGGUUCAGGAGCAUGAAGACCAGGAACCGGAAGGGGAAGUUGGACCAACGUUGGGAGUUCGCAUCAGGGCUCCUAUUCGGGAUCCAGACUGCGUUUCAGAGGAGGAUCAGCAGCAGCAGCAGCCGUACCCGGUCCUGUCCCCCAUGGCCUUCUUCUGCUUAAAGCAAACAACAAGGCCUCGCAACUGGUGUCUUCGCGUCGUCUGUAACCCGUGGUUCGAGCACGUAUCCAUGCUGGUGAUCCUGCUCAACUGUGUGACUCUGGGGAUGUUCCAGCCCUGCGAAGACGUCACCUGUCAGUCGGAGUGGUGCCGCAUCCUACAGGUAUUGGAUGACUGUAUCUUUGCUUUCUUUGCUGUGGAAAUGGUCAUCAAGAUGGUGGCCCUGGGAAUCUUUGGCUCCAACUGUUACCUGGGUGACAAGUGGAACCAGCUUGACUUCGUCAUCGUCAUGGCAGGGGUGCUGGAGUACUCUCUGGAUGGCCAUAAUGCCAGUCUGUCAGCCAUUCGUACCGUCCGAGUGCUCAGGCCACUGCGGGCUAUCAACAGAGUACCAAGUAUGAGGAUCUUGGUGACACUGCUGUUGGACACCCUGCCCAUGCUGGGAAAUGUCCUUCUCCUCUGCUUCUUUGUCUUUUUCAUCUUCGGUAUUGUGGGAGUCCAGCUGUGGGCGGGGCUACUGCGCAACCGCUGCUUCCUGGGAGAGAACCAUAGGAUCAUAACAAUGUACAACUUGUCCAUAAGUGAGUACUACAUGUCCGAGGAAGGUGAAGACAGCCCAUUCAUCUGCUCGGCUCCCCGCGAGAACGGGAUGCUGCGCUGCAGCAGUGUGCCGCCCUACACGGAGGGCGGGGUUGAGUGCACAUUGCCCGCUCCCCACCUAAGUUCAGCUCUGAUCGGAAUGGGUGGGGCCAGUGUUAACGGCUGUGUUAAUUGGAACCGGUACUAUAAUGUGUGUAAGCGCGGGAACUACAACCCUCACAAGGGAGCGGUCAACUUUGACAAUAUCGGCUACGCCUGGAUAGCCAUAUUCCAGGUCAUCACUCUGGAAGGAUGGGUAGAUAUCAUGUACUAUGUCAUGGAUGCUCACUCCUUCUACAAUUUUAUAUAUUUUAUACUGCUCAUUAUUGUGGGCUCUUUCUUCAUGAUCAACUUGUGCCUCGUGGUCAUCGCCACCCAGUUCUCCGAGACAAAGCAAAGGGAGAAUGCUCUGAUGAGGGAGCAGCGUGCUCGCUACAUGUCCAACGACUCCACGCUCGCCAGCUACAGUGAACCAGGCUCAUGCUACGAAGAGAUGCUACGCUACAUUAGCCACCUUUAUCGCAAGUUCACGCGCAGACUGCAGAGGAUAUACUCUGGAUGGCACAGUAAAAGGCGUAAAAAGGUGAAUCCUAAUGGCGGAGGCAGUAACGGCGGGGGUAACGGGCACGGUCACGGCUCCAGCAGAGGCUGCGGAGGCUUAGGCCCAGGUAGCGCAUUGUGGUUGAGACCGAUCCAUAACCUUCUGCAGCACCAUCAGCACCAGCACUGCCGCCUCAGCAACGGGGGCCAGCACACCAUCAGCGUAACACCGGCCGAACACACUGACGGUGAAGGAGGGGAUGAGCUGGAGAUGAAGUCCCUUCCUGUCCGGAGAGAAAGUACAAAUGGAAAUGGUGGCAGCGGCGGCCCGUCCACUGUUACCCAGGGCAUGGGGGCAUUGCUCGGGCGUCUGAAUGGCGGGAUGAACUAUCCAACGAUUCUGCCGUCGUUUGUGUGCAGCUACAGCAGUAAGACACCGCCCCCCCACUCCCAGCAGCGCGGGCACAGUCCAGAGCAGCACCCACCAAACCACCCAGCAUCUGAACACACAGAGACACUGAACAAGCUCUACCAGCUCAUGGGACAGCACAGUCGCCAGAGGCUGCUGUACCAGCUGGCAGGCGUGGUGCCCAGCCCUCUGCUCUUGGAGCUGCUAAGCUGCCCUAUGUGUGCCCGCAGCCUGGAGACCCUAGAGCUGGAACUGGGAGACCUGGAGGGAGGCAGGGGAGAGGCUGACGGACUGCACAACUUCCCCCAGGGGGGAGAUCUGAGAGGCGGGCGAGGUCGGAGCAGACGGCGAGGGGUCGUGGAGUACAAAAAUGGAGUGGUUCGGGCCUGGGUAGGAUUCAGGGAAAAACUGAAGAGGAUUGUAGAAAGCAAAUACUUCAACCGAGGGAUCAUGAUUGCUAUCCUCGUCAAUACUCUCAGCAUGGGGAUAGAGUACCAUGAGCAGCCGGAGGAAUUGACUGAUGUGUUAGAGAUCAGUAACAUCGUUUUCACCAGCAUGUUCGUCCUGGAGAUGGGCUUCAUGCUGCUGGCUUUUGGCUUGUUAGGAUACAUCAGGAACCCAUACAACAUAUUCGACAGCAUCAUUGUGAUCAUCAGUGUGUGGGAGAUAAUUGGUCAAGCAGACGGUGGGCUGUCAGUACUGCGAACAUUUCGUCUGCUGCGGGUUCUGAAGUUGGUUCGCUUCCUUCCUGCCCUGAGGAGACAACUGGUAGUGCUGAUGAAGACCAUGGACAACGUCGCCACGUUCUGCAUGCUGCUGAUGCUUUUCAUCUUCACUUUUAGUAUUCUGGGAAUGCAUCUGUUUGGCUGUAAAUUCAGUCUUGAGACGGAGAACGGAGACACCAUCCCCGACCGAAAGAACUUUGACUCUCUGCUCUGGGCUAUUGUCACUGUAUUCCAAAUUCUUACUCAGGAGGACUGGAAUGUGGUGUUAUAUAACGGCAUGGCCUCCACCUCUCCAUGGGCGGCUCUCUACUUUGUUGCUCUCAUGACAUUCGGCAACUAUGUGCUCUUCAAUUUACUUGUGGCCAUCUUGGUUGAGGGCUUCCAGGCUGAGGGCGAUGCUAAUCGGUCGGAGUCAGAUGAUGAGAAGAAAUCUGACAACUUUGAAGAGGACGAGAAGGUAGAACAGCUCCGAGACACUGAGCUAAAAAUGUACUCUCUGAUGAUGACAGCCAACGGCCAUGUUGACCCUCGCGGCUCGAUGGCUCCUCCGAUAAUAAUGCGCACGGCAGCCACACCCAUGCCCACUCCUAAAAGCUCUCUGGGACCUGAGUCGGUCCUUGGAGAGGAGCUCAUGUUCAGAGAGGGGGUGCCUCAGUACGGCGAGGUUGGACUGGGGUUUUCCGAGGCAGGAAGUGGUCAUGCAGAGUCUCGCCGUGGAAGCUCCACCUCCAUGGACCCUUUAGCCUAUGACCAGCAUUCUCUGAGCCUCUCAAGUCCCGGCCGGCGCUCCCCUCUUCCUCCUCGCUCAUGGGGAAGCCGUCGCUCCAGCUGGAACAGUCUGGGAAGAGCGCCGAGCCUCAAAAGGCGAGACACCAGCGGGGAGAGGGAGAGCCUGUUGUCUGGGGAGGGAGGAGAGGAGGAAGAUGGUGGACAGGACAAGGGGGAAGCAGGGGGAAAUAACAGACUACGGCCAGAAUCCUUGGAGCUGCUGCCGGCGUCCACUCUUUGCCCUUCCAUAAUAGCGGAGUACAGCGACUGUAAUGGGAGGACCGUGACCUAUGACCCCAAUGUGCACUCCGAACCCAAAGAUGACUCCUCGCCUGAAGAUGACAUGGAUGAUGACAGUUCUUUCUGGCACUGGAUCAAAAAAGAGCUCCGUAACAUGAAGCCUCGCUGGUGCAUAGAGCAUGAAGACUGGACGCUGUAUUUGUUCUCUCCAGAGAGCAUAUUACGUGGGUGGUGCCAAAGUGUGAUCUCUCACAAAUUGUUCGACCAUGUAGUUCUGGUUUUCAUCUUCCUCAACUGCAUCACCAUUGCUCUGGAAAGACCUGAGAUACAGCUUCAUAGCAAGGAGCGAGUGUUUCUGAGUGUGUCCAACUACGUUUUCACUGUGAUUUUCCUGGCAGAGAUGGCCAUUAAGGUUGUAGCUCUCGGUUUCUGCUUUGGAAAGCAGACUUACCUCCAGUCCAGCUGGAACGUUCUGGAUGGUUUUUUGGUGUUUGUGUCUCUGGUCGACAUUCUGGUCUCUCUGGCCUACACUAGCGGAAACAGGAUCCUGGGCAUCCUCCGAGUCCUACGUCUCCUACGAACACUACGCCCACUGAGGGUGAUCAGCCGAGCCCCGGGAUUGAAGCUGGUUGUGGAGACGCUCAUCACCUCUCUCAGACCCAUUGGGAACAUUGUCCUUAUCUGCUGCGCCUUCUUCAUUGUCUUUGGCAUCUUGGGCGUGCAGCUGUUCAAAGGGAAGUUCUACCACUGUGAAGGUCCGGACACGAAAAACAUCACCAACAAGUCUGACUGUCUGCAGGCCAACUACCGCUGGAUACGAAGGAAGUACAACUUUGACAACCUGGUUCAGGCUCUGAUGUCUUUGUUUGUGCUGUCCUGUAAGGAUGGCUGGGUCAACAUCAUGUAUGACGGGCUGGAUGCAGUGGGAGUGGACCAACAGCCUAUAAGGAACCACAACCCCUGGAUGCUGCUCUACUUCAUCUCUUUCCUGCUCAUCGUCAGCUUCUUCGUCCUCAACAUGUUUGUCGGUGUCGUGGUGGAGAACUUCCACAAGUGCCGGCAGGACCAGGAAGAGGAGGAGGCCCGCUUACGGGAAGAGAAGAGGCUCAAAAUGAUAGAGAAAAAGCGCAGGAAGGCCAAGCAGAGGCCUUACUAUGCGGACUAUUCUCCCAUGCGUCUGUCCAUCCACACACUGUGUACCAGCCACUACCUGGACCUGUUUAUCACCUUCAUCAUCUGCAUCAACGUCUUCACCAUGAGCAUCGAGCACUACAAUCAGCCGCAGUAUUUAGAGGAGGUUCUGAAAUACUGUAACUACGUGUUUACCUGCAUCUUCGUCGUCGAGGCCCUGCUCAAACUCGCGGCAUUCGGCAUCCAAAGGUUCUUCAAAGACAGGUGGAAUCAGCUGGAUAUAGCUAUAGUGGCGCUGUCCAUCAUGGGCAUCACCCUGGAGGAGCUGAAGAUGAACGCAGCACUGCCCAUAAAUCCUACCAUCAUCAGAAUCAUGAGAGUACUCAGAAUAGCACGAGUGCUAAAACUUCUGAAGAUGGCCACAGGGAUGCGAUCUCUGCUGGAUACGGUCAUGCAAGCGCUGCCACAGGUGGGAAAUCUCGGUCUCCUCUUCAUGCUGCUCUUCUUCAUCUACGCUGCGCUGGGAGUGGAGCUCUUUGGCAGACUGGUGUGCAAUGACAACAACCCAUGUGAGGGUCUGAGUCGUCAUGCAACGUUCGAGAACUUUGGGAUGGCCUUCCUCACACUGUUUCGAGUGUCCACUGGAGACAACUGGAAUGGGAUUAUGAAAGACACGUUAAGGGAGUGUCAUCCAGAGGACCGCCACUGUCUCUCCUACCUGCCUUUGGUCUCUCCAAUUUACUUUGUCACCUUUGUGCUAAUGGCCCAGUUUGUGCUGGUCAAUGUGGUGGUGGCUGUUUUGAUGAAACAUCUCGAGGAAAGCAACAAGGAGGCUAAAGAGGACGCAGAGAUGGAUGCGGAGAUUGCCUUGGAAAUGGCUAUGGAGAACCAACGCAAAUUAAGCGCAACCUCCGACAGCAGUUCAGUGGGAGGAACCUAUGUUGGGCCAUGUCCACAUUCACCUGGACAGGUGGAGGAAGAGGUGCAGUGCGGUGACCAGGAUCUGCUGUCGUCGAGGAAGAUGUCUGUUUCCAGGAUGCACUCUCUGCCUAACGACAGCUACAUGUUCCGACCCGUGCGGCCCGCGAGCGCCCCCAACCCUCUGGAGGAGGUAGAGCUUAGUCCCCAGCACCAGCUUUCAGGCUCAGUGACGUCGGUCCACUCCCAGCCAUGUGAGAGCCACGCACUGCUGCAAGUACCAGACGUUUCCCACGUUCACCCUCGGUCACCUCCCACCCUCGCCAUGCCCCGCAUCGCCCCGCCCACUCCCAGCCCCUCCCCACGGGCCCUGCACAGACAGGUGGCCGUUAAAGUGGAUUCUGUGGAGUCCCAGGGUUGUGAGCAACAGGAGAGGCCCAACCCUAUCCAUCUGCCUCCCCUCUCCCCUUCUGCCCUCUCUCCUCAUACCUCCUCCCCAUCUCCCUUGCCUCCUCCUCCUCCCUCCUCCCCCUCAUCCCUCUAUCUCCCACUCUGCUCCCCUUCAGCCUUCCCGCUCCCUCCUCCCUCUCCUCUGCAUCUUCUGCUGUCCUCCCCCUCUCCACUACCUCCUCCGCCAUCUUCCCCCUCCCUUCUUCUCCCUCCACCUUGCUCCCCGCGCCUCCCCCUGGGCCCCCCCGGCCUACAGAGACCUAGACCGCCCUCUGCUGUCUCCCUCUGCGACCCGGCAGACGAGGAAGUGUAUCACAUCACCAGCUCAGCUGGCCGCAGGUGGAGGGAUGAGGAGGGAGGAGGGCAGGAGAGCAGGGGGAAGGUCGGCCGCAGCCACUCCCUCUCCCCUUACACCAUCCCGUAUUCUCUCUACUCCUACUCCGCCGCCUCCCCUCCUCCUCCCCCGCUACCCCCUUCCUCCUCGAGGAGCAAGCUCAGUCUGCUCGGGGCGGCGUUGACGGACUGCGACUCUAGGAAGGCUUUAAGCGUCGACAACCAUCCCGUCCCGGACAGGCCGUCAUCACUGUCCGCCGGUUACCCCGACGACCAGCGGCGCCACUCUAUCGAGGUCUGCCUCCCACAGGCUGUCCUCACCAGUGACGACCGACACUUUGCACGUGAGGCCCACAGGUCGGAAAAAGGCGGCCAGGCAUUUCCCGUGAGGGUGCAGUCAGUCGGGGGCGGCCACAGAAAGAAGAAGUUGAGUCCUCCUUGCAUAUCCAUCCACCCGCCCUCAGAGAGGGAACCCCCGCAGAUCGCUUCACCCCCAAAACUGGCUGACUGCAGCACGAUGCUGAGACGCAGGACACCGUCCUACGACUUGACCCCGCACGCCCAGUCCAACACACAAGACGUCGCUGCGGUUUCACAGACGCGCACGCAGAUGCACUCCCCGAGGCACGCGCCGCUCACACCUGUCCACGUACCGCCGCAAGCGCACUCGCCAACGCACACGCUGAUACGCUCGCGGGCGUCUACUCCGACACACACUCACGCGUACACUCCGCCGCACGUAUCCGCACCUACGCUCCCGCACAUCCCGAUCAGCCCGAACAUCUUCAUCCAGCCACAUGCACCUCUUGUCCCGAUGCCUUUCUCACAAGCGCACUCCCUCUCCCCCGCUGCGAGGCACUCGUCUCUCACAGGGGACUACAUCCCCCUCCCCCAGUUCACCUUCGAAGAACCCCAGUCCAGAUACAUGAGCGGCCUGUCGGCUGGUCUGUCAGACACCGAUACGGCCAGCUGCUCUUCCCCCUUCGACAACAGACUGGGAAGCGGUGCAGGAUUCAGCGCAAAGAAUCGGAGGACUGCCCAAUGA